UGGCAAACCCGGCGUAUGUGAUGGAAAUAGCUUUGCAAAAUAAACUAGUAGUUCAACUGACUGGUUUUAAGGGGAGUGAGAAAGAAGAACUAAUUGAGUUGCUAUUCACACUUGAUUGUGUAUUUAUUGAUUCUGAGAUUUUUGAAAACUGCACACAUUUAAUUGCCAAGAAACCCUGCAGAAGUGAGAAGUGGCUUGCAGCCUGUGCAUCAGGAAAGUGGGUACUGACUAAAGACUACAUAAUUAACAGUGCAGAAAGUGGCAGAUGGCUUGAUGAAACGACUUACGAAUGGGGAUAUAAAAUCGAAAAAGACUUCCAUUAUUCACCUCAGAUGCAAUCUGCACCUAAAAGAUGGCGCCAACACCUGACACGCACUGGUGCUCUAGGGGCCUUCAGCAGAUGGAAAGUAGCCCUGCUUGUUAAAGACGGCCAUAAAGAAAGGGAGGCUUUUAUAAGAGUUCUGAAGGCUGGACAGGCAACUCUCUGCAACGCACAAGAGUCUAAUGCUGGGAUUACACACGUUUUUGUAACAAGUGCAAGAGUUCUGGAAAAUCGAGGAAAUAACCUAUUUAAGAUACCUUAUUACUCGGUGCAGUACCUUGGGACAUACCUCUUAGAGAGUACAUACCCUGUUGAAGAUACACCAUCGGAUCUGACAGAUGAGAAGAUUUCUGGCAUAAUGUAUUCAAUAUGGAAGCAGCUUUGCAUUGCACAGGCACGCCAUCAUAAGAGCAUUAAAAGAGACACUGUGCUAAGCGAGAACAUUAUGAUAAAUAACCCUGAGAUUGGGAGGGUGAGUUUCAGCAGAAUUGAAGUGCUUCUGGAAGAGCAUGUGUUCAGUGAAGCCUUGAUAGAACUUGAUCGUCUCUUUCCCUAUGUUCCGCCUUUAAAGUUACUUCAGUCCCUUCUCAAGCACCUUUUGCAGGGGAAUGUAGACAGCAACUGUUUUGGUGCAUUAUAUGACAUUUUUUGCAACUUACUGGUUUUCCACCCACCAUGGGAGUCCGCACGUAUGUUACAAUACUACCUGGAUUUAUUUCAGUGUCCGAUAUGUAAGCGAGGAUCAUGGCCAUUUAUAGAAGUGCUGAUCAGGUGUUUUCUUAGUGACAAAUUAGCCUUGUGCCAUCAACCACUUGGCUUGGAAAUGGAUUCUCAGAAAAGAAGAGAAAUUGCUGUAAUACUUCUGAAAGUUCUGGCAAAUAUUAUGUGGGAAGAAGCAAAGUUCCUGAGCACAAAGCUUUGUGAGCAGCGAGACAUUAAGCCCCGAGCAAUGCUGCCAUCUUUUAAUGUUGGUGUUUUUUGGCCAGAGCUCAGGGCUAUGAAGCUUCUAACAAACCAAAUCAGUACCUUAACAAAUCAGGUUUUACGAUUCCACAAAGAAAACCACAGGGGGAGUGUUUUACAUGAAGAAGUAGGAUACCAGUUGAAUGUGAUGCUUGGUGCUGCAGUGGAAUAUUGGAUUCUUCUUGGCUUUUAUAUGGACAAAAAUUUAAUUUACCAAGUGGCCAAUGAUCUGGUAUUUUACAUCUGUGUUCCAUGUGAAGAUUUUUCCAUGAAAGAAAAAGAAAUAUUUAUCCACUCAAUACCAUCCCCUUGGCUUCAAAUGUUAGUUGCAGAAGUUUUCUUUAAGAACCUUUGUAUGGAGAGCAAAAUUAACAUUUCAUCUGAGCCUUUAUCUUUAGAGAUGCUGCUUUUCACAUACAUCCCAGCUAUAUGGAGAGUGGGAAGUUGUGACAAUGGAAACGUGCAGAAAUUCAACGGAAAAAGAAAAAUGGGACAUGGGCAUUGCCUGCAGUCUCAGAGGGCUGCGCUGAUGCUAAAUGGUGAAAAUCAGAACCAAGGCGAAGCAGCGCCUGAUCUACCGGUCUGCCCAAAGAUAAGAAGAACAAGAGAAGCGGGAUCCAGUUGCACCAAAGAAAAUCUGCCAUCUGCAGUGCAAGUUUUACCACAUAACUGUCAAAACGCCAAAGGAGAGACCGCUCUACAUACAGCUUGCAUAAAGAACAAAGUGAAAAAAUUGAUCAUGCUGCUCAGUUUACCCGGAACAGACAUUAAUGUCAGAGACAAUGCUGGCUGGACGCCUUUGCACGAAGCAUGUAACCAUGGCAGCACUGAAUGUGUCCGUGAAAUUUUGCAUCGCUGUCCAGAAGUGGACCUGCUCAGUCAUGUGGACGGUGUGACUCCAUUACAUGAUGCCUUACUUAAUGGUCACGUUGAGAUUGGCAAAAUGCUGCUUCAGUACGCGGGGCCUAUUAUUUUACAGCAAAAGGACGGUGAUGGGAAAUUUCCGUUGGAUUAUGUUAUAUCACCUGAGCUGAAAAAGGAACUUUUUGAUAUUGUCCAACUGGAAGAAACCAUUGAGGAUUUUCACAAGCAUGCAGAACAGGAGUUUGACAAACUCAGAACAGAAUUUAGUGCAUUUUUACUUUCUCGAAUGUUGUUGAAUUUCAUAUCUCUUUUCGAUUUGCCUUUAAAUUCUCUCACUGCAAGGACACUUUAUCCAAAUGCUGCUGCUUUUGUUAAUUGUAUAAAGGCUAAAGGUACUGCACAGUCCUUCUCGGCCUCACUCGUGGAACGAUACAUCGAAGCCAUAGUCACCAUGCAAAACCUAAGUGACCCUCUCCAAGCUUUUCCAGAUGGUCUACUAGACACCGAGGGAUUCAAUUUACAGAUUCUGAUGGCACUCCUUCAAUCCAUGACGUCACAUUAAACAAAAAUGAAAAUUCACCAUUGAAAAUUCACAUUACAAAACUACUUUUGCACAUUUGUUUUACCUGCCCAUAAAAGUGGCUGAAAUCAACAGUUUUCUGUGCGAUACCAGUCCGGUGUUAUUCCUACAACUAACAUGUUGAAAAAUGCUUCUCCCAUUUACAGUUUGUGGGCUCUAAUGAUAUGUAAUUACUCAUUUUUUUUGUGAAAUCCCACAUUUAUAUUGAAAUGUCACAUAAUACACACAGCAAGCAGCAGGAGUAAGACCAUAAACGAAUUACAAAUGCUAUCGAUUCAAAGGAAUACUGUGCAAGCACACAGCACCCUAGCCUGAACACAGAUACUAAAUGCAUAUUGAUG